AUGACUGGUAAUGCCAUAAUCUUGAAUAGCCCCGAAGCUAUUCAAAUCUAUUUGGAUCGAGGUCCGAAUCAGAAGGAAGAUAUUGAUACUCUCGCCAUUGAUUGGCUCGAUCUGGAAAACGACGACAUUCGGAAUGCCUUGCACGAGUUGUUCUUGGGUGGACCACAGCAUCAAGAUUGCGGCAAACGAUGGUCGGCGGUUGAAGUUCGAAAGUGUAUGGGAACUUUUACACCCAUGUUGAUUCGUUGGAUUCUUCAAGCUUCUGUGGUGUCACCUAUUGAGACAUUGACUCUUGUUUCGGUCGUUGACAACGAUGUGGCCAUGGCUCUUCAGCAAUCCUCAUUCGGUCAAUUCCCGACUGCUGAUGAUGAUACUGAACCAACCAAAAAAGUUCCCAACAUUGGAAGGCUUGAAAUCUGGGGAUCCGCCUUGUCACAGUUCACCAUUCAAUUGAUACUUCGUGGCAUUUACGGGCACGCCUCAAUUUUGUCAACCUCCAAUACCACUAUGCAAACGACCGCCAUACAUACACUAAGCUUGUCCAAUUGUAACUUUCUGCCGGAUACAGUCAACCGAAUGGCCAAGGAAUUGAAAGUUCGUUCCAGAACGAAUGACAGCAAUGAGACUAUGCGUACCAAAACAGAAGAUUGUUCCUGCUUGCAACGUCUGAAUUUGUUUUCCUGUCGUCUGGGGGACGACGAGGUCGCCACCUUGGUAAAGGCAUUGCAUCGAUACAAGCACCCAUUGAAAUAUUUGGAUCUAGGCAAGAAUCGAUGUCAUCAUGCCACCUUUCGAGCGUUGGGACACUGGAUGACAUCCCCACAUUGCAAGCUAGAAAGCUUGAACCUGUCCUUGCAACAGCUGGGGUUUGGCGUUCACCAUUGGAACCCACAAUUGAUAUUGGACAAUUUGAUUCCAAAGAAUAGGAAUGAUAUGGAUGACAACGAGGAACAUACGCCGUCUCUCAAGGCCUUGUACCUUCGUGGGAAUCCCAUUGAUGAUGGAGGCGACAGUAGCAGUGUCGAUGGCGAUGAGACAUCCUCGUCAUCCCCCUUUGCGACAUCCCUCGUCAAUGUACUGACCCAAAAUACGACAAUGGAAAAGGUCAUGUUGACGGAUUGCUCCUUAUCAAACGAUUCCUACGAUGUUCUGUUGCAGCACUUGCAUCAAUUUCGUGGGAUUCGAAAGUUGUGGUUGGAUGGGAUUCAACGAUACCAAAAGAAGAGAAACGCGGCAUUCACCCGAAAGAUUGUGAAUGGACUAAUGGGGCCAAAAAAUAACAAUGUUACCUUGGACGAGAUUCAUUUACCCCUUCGACUGAUUGAUCUAGUUUUGCAGACUGGAACUAUUUUGGAUUGGAACUUUGGAGGUCGCCGGCUGCUCCUGGCAGAAGAUUCUUCAGCUGCCAAGGCUAUACCUUGUUCACUCUGGCCUGUAGUGUUGGAACGCAUCAACCAGGCAAAUCUUCCGAAACGGCUACCGCCUUCAAGGUCAAACAUACAGGACCGAAUGAAAGUGGACCAAUCAAGACGGGCAACCAUUUUGUAUUCAAUGAUUCGAGAGAAUGCAAGUCUGCAACAUGCGAUUGGUUGA